AUGAUUGCAUUCACCAGUCUCUCGUCCGAAACGGGCUCGGCACUAGGAUCUGUGACUCUCGAUCCUGACCCGGUUACGGUGCUAGGGAACAUUCAUACUCGCGACCUGGAGAAGCCCGAAGAGACUCAAAUUCUCGGCUCGAUCGCAGAGGAACAGGAAGCACAGGAUGUUGAGAACACCAGAAGCAAGACUUAUGAACCCUUCGGCUCGCUUCCAAUCAGAGCACGGGAUGGUCAGCAUAGCAAGCGUCAAGCUGGUUCGGGGGGUGAUGACGCCAACUCAUCGCUCUUGCAUGAUACCGCCGUCGUGGGAACGCACCUAGACGACACUGAUGUACAGUCUCAUCAUCUGAGCAAACAGAAGCUCAGAUCUAUUGUCAGAGACGUUCGAGAUUCUCAACGCAAGCGCGUACAGCAACGCAUCGAAAAAGCCCGACAGGAUGCGCUUUCCCGCUUCACCACUCAGGAGCCGACGAUCAUUCACGGAAUGUUUCAAAUCCAAGUGACAGCCGACCAGCUUGUCAAGACAGCCAUUGACAAUGAAUACAGACAACUCAAGGCAGACAAGAGAGGUGAUGCCCAGUCACGGCUCGAAAAUGCCCUGGAGGAACACUCCGUGAUCCAGGAAGUCGAUGAGAUGCUUGAGAAUUUCAACAAGAGCAUGCUUCCAGAGUCGCCAACCGAGAGCACGUAA